GAAGGGCACUGAUCUAAGGGCCGGGAGGACGUUCGGCCUCUGUGAGCCGCAGCCUUCCCCGGGAGAGGUUGUGAUUUCGCCAUCUUAGGGUGAGGAUGUUCUCGUCCGUGGCGCACCUGGCGCGGGCGAACCCCUUCAACGCGCCCCACUUGCAGCUGGUGCAGGACGGCCUCGCGGGCUCGCGCAGCCCCGGCCCGGACGCGCUUCCCAGCCAGCCCCGCCGCUCCCGCACCCUGGCGGCCGCCGCGGUGGAAGAAUACAGUUGUGAAUAUGGCUCCAUGAAGUUUUAUGCACUGUGUGGCUUUGGUGGGGUCUUAAGUUGUGGUCUGACACACACUGCUGUCGUCCCCCUGGAUUUAGUGAAAUGCCGUAUGCAGGUGGACCCCCAGAAGUACAAAGGCAUAUUUAAUGGAUUCUCAGUUACACUUAAAGAGGAUGGUGUUCGUGGUUUGGCUAAAGGAUGGGCUCCGACUUUCAUUGGCUACUCCAUGCAGGGGCUCUGCAAAUUUGGUUUUUAUGAAGUCUUCAAAGUCUUGUAUAGCAACCUACUUGGAGAGGAGAACACCUAUCUCUGGCGCACAUCCCUGUAUUUGGCUUCCUCUGCCAGUGCUGAAUUCUUUGCUGACAUUGCCCUGGCUCCCAUGGAAGCUGCUAAAGUUAGGAUUCAAACCCAACCAGGUUAUGCCAACACUUUGAGGGAUGCAGUUCCCAAAAUGUAUAGGGAAGAAGGUUUAAAUGCAUUCUAUAAGGGGGUUGCCCCUCUCUGGAUGAGACAGAUCCCAUACACCAUGAUGAAGUUUGCCUGCUUUGAACGUACUGUUGAGGCAUUGUACAAGUUUGUGGUCCCCAAGCCCAGAAGUGAAUGUUCGAAGGGAGAACAGCUGGUUGUAACAUUUGUGGCUGGUUACAUAGCUGGAGUCUUCUGUGCAAUUGUUUCUCACCCUGCUGAUUCCGUGGUAUCUGUGUUGAAUAAAGAAAAAGGUAGCACUGCUUCUCAGGUCCUCCUGAGACUUGGAUUUAGAGGUGUUUGGAAAGGACUCUUUGCCCGUAUCAUCAUGAUCGGCACCCUGACUGCCCUGCAGUGGUUCAUCUACGACUCUGUGAAGGUCUACUUCAGGCUGCCUCGCCCUCCUCCACCUGAGAUGCCAGAGUCUCUGAAGAAGAAGCUCGGGUUAACCCAGUAGAUGAUCAAAGCAAUGUGGACUGAAUCUGCUUGUUGAUCAGUGUUGACAAAGUGCAAAAGGAACUUUUAUAUAUAUUUGACAGUGUAGGAAAUUGUCUACUCCUGAUAACAUUACUGUAGUGCCCUUGCAUAAGGCAAGAGUUUCAAAGUUACUAUUGAAAUAAACCCAACUGCUCAUGAUUGGUCUGUGACUUGAUAAUUUUUUGGUAAUUAUUUUUUAACACAAGUUUUUAAAGAUUUAAUCCUAAAAUGGAAAGAAGUUAACACUUCAAAGAAACGUCACGGAAAAAAAUGCAAACUAAUCACUAGUGAUUGAAGAUGCCAAUCUCUAUUCAUAAACUCAUAUGCCUCAAGUUUUGUUACUAGAGAGUUCCUAUAUUUUUAGGAAAUACAUCCUGAAUUUUCAGAAACUUUAAUUGUAGCUCGAUUUAGAUACCUUCAUCUGUGGUAUACUUUGACAAGUAAAUUUCAGCAUAUAACCAGAUUUUUGCACCAUGUACCACUAUUUUCAAUCCCAAUGUGUUUCCUAAUCCAUAUUGCAAAAGAAGGUAAUCUAAGGCUGAGUUUAGAAAAAUGGUCUUUUAAAGGGCCAAAGUGAUAGAUAAAAACCAUUUCAGGUAACCUCUUUUCACACAAAUCAUAUUAAGUUAACAAAACAUUAACCUUAAAUUGUCUUAAAUUGUGUUUUUGGGAAAGGUACCUACUUGGUCAAAUAGGUGACUGGGAGAGCAGCUCUCCAGCAUAUUUGAGCAUCUGAAAUUUUGUUGUGGGUUUAAGCCAAACUGAUUUUUUAAAGCUCCUAGCAAGUAAGCCACUUUCUUUCAUUUUCCUUAAUGUUUCGUUAGGAAGUAAGAAAAUCUAAUGUGUAAUAGUUAAAAUUUUUAAGAUCCAAUUACAUUUUACUGUGAGAUUUUGGGGUUACUAUUUAUAGGUUGGAUUGAUCCCUGUGUUAGGUCUAGUUUCAGAAAAAAAAACUUCCAAGAAAUUUUAAUGUUUUCAUUCCCAACUAAUAUUUGUAAGGUCAGUGAACUAAAUUAAAAAACUAGAUCCUUCUGGUCAUAUGUUAACUUCUUAUGACUUGGUAUGGUCUUGUUUAAGGAUCCAGUGAUUUUUACCCAUGUUGCAGCGAGAAAGGAAGAAUUAUGGGAGCAUAUUUGAGCCAAACUGUUAACUAGGGAGAGAGCAGUCUGAGUCCAAGUGAUGGCUGUGGUGUUAAGCACCACCGCUGCACUAGUUCCUGCUAUAUAAAAGAUGAAAUGUAAUAGCAUGAGACAAUAUAAUCUCAAGCUUUAUGUGGAGCGGGAAUUUGUGAGCGAGCUUAUCUUGGGUCUUCUGUGAAGUUAAAAUAGCUUUGUGGUCAUGCAUCCCCAUUAAAGAGAUUUUCUGAGUUUUUUCCGUUAGUGACCAUCUUUUUAUAAGACCAAUGAAUUUGGUGGCAUUAGGGCAGCUGGAUGUAACGCAUUACGAGGCUCCAAAGCAGAGCCAGGCAAACUCAGGACUUAGCCUUGGAAAUCACAUGGCAUCACUUGUCACAUCCGAAGGUCAAAUCUCAGCUGCAGGGAAAAGAAACACUACUUGCUAGGAAAAGUGUCAGUUACAUUGUAAAUGGAGCCUGAAGGUUGGCUAUACUAUUUUAGGCCACCUCAGAAGUGAACUGUAGGUCUGAAAUCUAUUCAGGGUUUGCAGUUGAACAAACUAUCAGGCAGUUGAACCUUGUUGGAUUCAAGUUUUAUUUUCAAGAGGGACAAUAGGUUUUAUUUGUGGAUACUGAUAAAGUAUGCUGUAUUCAAGUUGAGAAUUGCUUGUUAACAUACAUUUCAUGGAUUCUGAUAGUCUUCAUCCUCAAAAUUCAAGUACAAUGCAUUUUAAGAAGAUGUGAAUUCCCAUUUCACAUUGUAAAGAUUAACUCAGACUGAAAACAAUUUUAAAAAUUUUGAGUGACAUUUUUUCAUAUUUUAUUUAGUAUCAAUUCUAUAAAGAUAACUCAGUGGGAUGAGUAUAUGUGAUUAGUUUGAUUAAAUUAUGCUGUAAUUCUAGGACAGAAUAGCAUUGCAUAGAUUUCCAGAGUGAGCAAUGUGAUUCAAACAGCCUUAAGUGCAGUUAAACUCAGAAUUCUGAUUUUGCUAAACUGUAUACCUAGUAAAUGUAAUAAAAUUGAAUAGAAAGGUAUAGCAUAGCCAAAUCUCUGUUUUGAAAGUUUCAUUGAAUGUGUUGUCCACAUACUGAAAUGAGUUUGACAUCUUUGUAAUACCAUCUUUGGGCUAAAUAGUAGUGUCCAUCCACAAUGUUCAUGAAGUUUGGUGCAUGGCAGUCUUGCUGAACCAGGAGUUAUAUAAUCUUUAGCGUAAGAAAUCAUUAUUGAUAAAAUUUGUGUCAUAAAUCACAAACUGAUUAUAUUAAAAAUCUUAAAUAGCACAUGGGUAAGAAAUUGAGUCCAAGCCUGAGGAAUCUUUCACAUUUGAAUGCUGUGCCUCUCCUGAAAUAUCCCAGAAUGAUCUGGUAACUUAAGACAACUACUAACAGCUUUUACCUCAGAUAAUAAUAUAUUGAAAAAAUAACAUAUUAAGUUUCUUUCUGCAAGCCUGCCUGACCUCACAUUUCAAAAGUGCCAAUAGGAGUGUAUGAGUGGUUAACCUCACCAUUGGUAUAGUGUAUAUUUAUUUUUUGGUUAUUAAAAUGUAUCUUGAGUUUCCUAGAAAGUGGCUAUUCCAAAGUUUGCACGUGUUUUUCUGGACUCUAGUGUUGUAUGGGUUCAGGCAGUGUCACACACACACACACACACUCACACACACACACAAUUGGUUCUCUGGGGGUUUUCUUAGAAUGCAAGUUUUGAUAAUUAUGACUCUUUUUCAAAUAGGACAUGGAUAUACAUAAUCCUGGUCAGUAGUUUGGAGAAGGCCAACCACGUCAGAGCCCAAAGAUUGGGGAUGAGCCACUUGGUGUAAAGAGUCAUACUCUUUGAGGUAACUAAUUCAGCAUUUGGAUACCCUUUACAUUUGGCAUACAAAAUGGGUUAAUGCUUUGUGGUUUUAUUUUUAGAUUAUUCUUUUUGUUUACUAUGUUGAGGACUGGUUGAUAUAUAUAAUAAAUUGCAUGUAUUUAAAGUGUACAAUUUGACGAGUUUUGACAUGUGUAUAUGCCCGUGAAACCAUCAUACAAAAUAAUAAACAUCUCUUACCCCUUAAGAUUUCCUUGUAUCUUUAUA